AUGGUGAUGAUGUGGCACCUCCUUUGGCCUUCUGUCCUCCUGGGAUUGUUUUUCAACAUUUUCCCAGCAUGCCCUCUGGAAAUCCAGACGGAAAAGAACCACUACUAUGUUGCCAGGGGGUCAAGUGUCCAGCUACCUUGUGCGUACACUCAUACCGUGGACUCUCAGCAGUACACGGAAGUCUUGUGGAGUAUCGUAUCCGCAGACCGAGACGAGCAGCCCAUCAUUUGGUUUACAGGCAACCGUUUGUAUUCCGAUUUGUACAAACCAAUGGAGGGAAGGGUACACUUCACAUCAGCGAAUCCCCAAAAUGGAGACGCAUCUAUUAACAUCAAAGAUGUACGUUUGUCGGACAUGGUGAUGUACCGCUGUGCGGUGAAGAAGUUACCAGAACUGGACCAGAAGGACUUAGACCUGACAGUCAUGGAGGCACCCAGUCAGCCUCUGUGCAGUGUGGAUAAAGAAGACAACAGUACGACGUUCAAAUGCAGAUCUCUGCACGGCACCCCACCUUUGCAUUACAUCUGGUCCAAGACCAGCGGAAAUAAGGUCUUGCCUACUCAGGCCAUUGCAGACCCCACAGGAGCCACCUUGCAUUGGAACAUCACCGAGCGGGAGUGUGGAAGCUAUCGCUGCACAGUGGAAAGUAUGGUGGGCACCAAACACUGUGACCUUCACCUCGACUGUUCGCUGCCCCAGCCCAACAUUGUGAGCAGUCCACGAUUGCUGACAACCACUGCAGUCGUUGCCAUCGUCGUCACUGUCACCGCGCUCUUCAUUGUCACACUUGUCAUUGCCGUAUUCCUCUACCGCAAACGAAAACAACAAUCCCACGACAUUGAAAGAGAAAUAUAA